UAUUUUUAUAGCUUUUAGAUUUUGGAUCCGGGUCGGGUAUGUAAAUUCUAGGAUUUUAUUCGAAGCAUCCGUCGUCUCCGUCAAUUCGAGAAUUCCGACGAUGUUCUCAAGAUUCGUGCAGAGAAUUCGGAGCCCCAAAACCCAAAUCACAUCGCUCAGUUCAAUCAAAGGUUUUAGCUUUAGCUUUAGCUCGAUAAACCCUAAACCCCAAAUCCGAACAGGGUUGUUCUGGGAUCUAGACAACAAACCACCGGCCUCUUUUCCGCCGUACGACGCCGCCGUAAAGCUUCGAACCGCCGCGUCGUCUUUCGGAUUCGUGAAGCUAAUGGUGGCGUACGCGAAUCGUCACGCCUUCAGCUACGUUCCUGUAGUAGUUCGAGAACAGAGGACAGCUAGGAAAGUGCUGAACGAAUUGGAGAACACAGGUUUGGUUAAACCGCCGGAGCCGUACUUUUGCGGUGUUUGUGACCGGAGAUUUUAUACGAAUGUGAAUCUAAUCAAUCAUUUCAAGCAGAUUCACGAGACUGAGCAUCAGAAACGUAUGAGGCAGAUUGAAUCUUCUAAAGGACAUCAAAGAGUGAGGCUUGUGGCUAAGUAUUCGAUGAAGAUUGAGAAGUAUAAAAGAGCGGCGAGGAAGAUUUUGACUCCCAAGGAAGGUUAUGGGUUAGCUGAUGAGCUGAAAAGAGCUGGCUUUUGGGUAAAGAUGGUGAGUGAUAAGCCAGAAGCUGCUGAUAUUGCUUUGAAGGAGCAUAUGGUGAAUGUUAUGGAUAAGAGAGAAGUGGAGUGUGUGGUUCUUGUGUCUGAUGAUUUUGGUUAUGCUGAUGUUUUGAGGGAAGCUAAGGAGAGGUGUUUGAGGACAGUUGUGAUUGGGGAUUUGAACGAAGGGGCGUUGAAGCGAGUUGCUGAUGUUUCGUAUUCGUGGAAGGAAGUUGUGAUGGGGAAGGCUAAGAAGGAAGUUGAGAAGGUUGUGGGAAAGUGGAAGGAUAGAGAUGUGUUGAAGACUUUGGAGUGGACUUAUGAUCCUGCUUUGGAGAAAGAGAGAGGAGGUUCUUGCGGCGUUUGGGAUUACGAUUUUGAUUAUGAUGAUGACGAAAUUGAGAAUGGAACAGAGGUGGAACCGGUGGAGAUUGGAGAUGGUGGUGAUUGGUGGAAGAUAGAUAAUGAAGAUUGUGUUGGAUCUUCAAGACCUUGUCGAUAACAUCAUAGAAUUGUCGGGAUUGCUUGCGCAGAGGAAGAUGAACAACUUUCAAGGCAAGAGGUUCACAAAACUUCAUGCUACAGAACAAUCUUGUGAAUCUAUUGGCAGAUUACCUACACUUCAGACUAGAGAACAUUCAUUGAUUCUUGUUCUCUGAGAUUGAUUUUAGUGCAGUGAAUUGAUUUGUUCUUCCAAAACCAUCAUGGUUAAUCAAGUGUUUAGAGCUAUGCAUAAUUUGGUCAGAAUAUAGAAGAUAAAGAUAUGUUUUUGGA